AUGAUUCCCUCGGCGCACGUCUAUGGACACCAUCCCUUCCAGGGCGGCGACUCGCCAUGGCUGCACCAGCAACAGCAGCCGUCGCAUCACCAGCCGGGCGGCCACCAGGGCGCCGUCUCCGUCGCCCAGCAGCACCAGCAACAGCAACAGCAACAGCAACAGCACCAGCAGCACCAGCACUUCAGCCGCAUGUCGGGCAACCACUCGGGCGCUGGAAGCAUGGCCGCCGUUCACGCCCAGGACGGCGGCCAUGAGAACAUCUCGGAGGAGAACCGACGCACCAUGGCCUACAUUUCCGACUUGCUCAAUGAAAACACUAGGGAGGCCGCGCUGCUCGAGCUUAGCAAGAAGCGAGAGCAGGUCCCCGAGCUGGCGCUCAUCCUUUGGCAUUCUUUCGGCGUCAUGACCUCGCUCCUGCAAGAAAUCAUUUCCGUCUACACUCUCCUCAACCCCUCCCAGCUUACCGCGGCUGCGUCCAACCGAGUCUGCAACGCCCUGGCGCUGUUGCAGUGCGUAGCAUCGCACAAUGAUACUCGCGCCCUGUUCCUCAACGCCCAUGUCCCCCUCUUUCUGUACCCGUUCCUCAACACAACGUCCAAAUCGCGGCCCUUUGAAUACCUGCGCCUCACUAGCCUCGGCGUCAUCGGCGCCCUAGUCAAGAACGACUCGUCCGAUGUCAUCAACUUCCUCCUGACCACCGAGAUCAUCCCGCUCUGCCUCCGAAUCAUGGAGACGGGUUCGGAGCUCAGCAAGACUGUAGCCAUCUUCAUUGUGCAGAAGAUAUUGCUCGACGAUAACGGCCUCAACUACAUCUGCGCCACUUACGAGCGUUUCUACGCCGUCGGUACCGUCCUGAGUAAUAUGGUUGCUCAGCUGGUCGAGUCGCAGACGGCCCGCCUACUCAAGCACGUUGUGCGAUGCUUCCUCCGCCUCAGCGACAAUGCCAGGGCUCGCGAAGCCUUGAGGCAGUGCUUGCCCGAACCGCUUCGAGACGCCACCUUUUCGUCUGUCCUCAGGGACGAUGCUGCCACCAAGAGAUGUCUCGCGCAGCUCCUCAUCAACCUCUCCGACAAUGUAGUCGAUCCAGGGUCCCAAGGAGUCUCCAAUAUGUGA